CGCCAGUCUUCUGCAAUCUCUCACCGUCGGCAGCCCACUACCUCCUCUCCCUCUUUGACUCUUUGCGGCGGCGGCGCCCCCGGUCCAGUCCCUCUCCCUCGCCGCCGCUUCCACUGGAUCGGCUCGUCCGAGCCCAAAUCCGGCCGCUGGAGCACGGAUCUGCCCGGAUCGAUCCUCUUAGCCGACGCCGGGAGACCAACCUAUCGACCUCGCGACCAAAAGCACAUCGAGGGCAGAGCGCCGCGACCAAGAUCUGUGGCUUACGCCAUGGCAAGCACCUUUGCAGACCUCAACCAAGUCGUCCGCUCGGUGCGGCUGCUCAGGAUUCAGGAGUUUAGCUCGACCAGGGACGGCGAGUCCGGCUUCGAAGCCAAAUGGGAUGUCGAUGGGUAUGACGUAUGAGUGGCAAGUAAACUUCAUUUUUGCAAGGAGGGCGACCCUGGCCUGUCGCCUGGUAGAUCCCAGCGGGGAGCUUGAACCAGCUCAAGAGGGCAGUGUUUCAGCAACCUUCUAUCAUCCCCAAGAGUUCCAACUGCUGUGCCCCGUGGAUCUCAUAGAUAGAGACUUCAUACCAUCAGGUUAUCUCAAGAACGAUACUUUGACUCUCUGCUGUUCCAUCACAGUGUACAAGGAGGAAUCACCAGCAGUACCAACCAUCCCAGCUGAAGAAGCGAUCGCGCCACCAUCCUCCAACUUGCACCAGCAUCUCGGUGAGCUCCUGCAGAGUGAGACGGGAGCCGAUGAAACCUUUCUUGUGGGCGACGAGUCUUUUGCUGCGCAUAAGAACAUACUUGCCGCGAGGUCUCCGGUUUUCAACGCCCAGUUCUUCGGAGACAUGAAGGAGAGGUGUUCGGCACGCGUGGAGAUCGAGGACAUGGAGGUGGCCGCAUUCAGGGCCAUGCUGCACUUCAUCUACUCCGACACGGUGCCCGAGCUUGAUCACCCGCUCCAGGAGGCGACAACAAUGGCUCAGCAUUUGCUUGCAGCCUCAGACAGGUACCAACUCGAUAAGCUCAAGCUGAUUUGCGAAAUAAAGCUCUCAGGCGGCAUCACCGUCGACACCGCAGCGACAACUCUUGCCUUGGCAGAGCAGCACAAUUGCCUGAAGCUCAAGGCCAAAUGUAUCAAGUUCAUUGUCAGCACUCCCGUGGUUCUUGGUGAUGUGUUGGCGACCGAGGGGUAUAAGCACCUCGAGGCAAGCUGCCCUUUGGUGUUGACCGAGCUUCUCAAGUCUGUCCAUGUGACGAGGUAGCCAUAGUGCUAAACUGCUAAUGGUCAAAUAUUUCACGACCUGUAGUCUCUGUUUGAGCUUGCAUCCUUGUGUAGUCUAGUACUCCCUCCGUCCUAACAUAAGUGUCGUUGAUUUAGUACAACUAGUCGCCAACCCGUGCGACACGGGCUAGCAUAUUGAGAAUGUCAGAUGAAAUAUCUCUUUCUUUUGCGAUAUAGCUUCCUUUGUUUCUGCUCUAAUGAUGUUAGAUGACUACCAUUAGAUUCUAGUAUCGCAAGUUGGGAGCUUGGUUUACUUAGGUAGCAACCAUUUCCUGUGUAUUUGUUUUAUUUUCACAUUUCGAAUGUUUUGUCACCUAAUAUAUUACUAUAUUAUAUUUUAA